GUGUGUGUGUGUGUGUGGGAGGGGGUGGAGGAAGAGGAGGAGGAGGAGGAGGAGGAGGAGGAGGUGAUGCUACUGGUGGUGCUGGUUGUCUUUUAUCGAGCUGGAUGUGUUGACACGCAUUUCUUCUGCUCCAUCUCCAUGAUUAAACCGGCCGCCUGGAGGAGGAGAGUCACAGCAGAGUGUGGAGCAGCAGCAGCAGCAGAGGAAGAGGAGGAAGAAGAAGAGGAGGGAAACAGUCAGGAGGAAUGAGAGCGACAUCAUCUUCACCAUGCAUCCGACUAGCACCACCAGCCGUCCAUUUUCUCCCAUCAUAUGAGCCCAUGAGCCUCCAGUGUGUCUGUAUGCUGCAGACAGGCAGAGAGAGAGCAGAGCCGGCCAUGACAACAUCAUAGGCCAACGCCUCGCAGCAGCAGCAGCAGCAGCAGCAGCAGCUACAUACAGGGAAUGAAAACGCUCCCAAGAUGGUCCGCAUCGCCAAGGCCCUGGGUUUGGUUAUCCUGUGCGUCGCCGUGCUCAUCCUGUCGCUCAUCAGCUAUGUAUCCUUGCGAAGAGACAGCCUCUUCACCUCCUCCAAGUACUACAUGGGAGGCCCGAGGAUCAUGUUCCACGCAGGAUUUAGGUCUCAGUUUGCCUUGAAUUUUCUGGACCCGUCCUUCAUCCCCUUAACGAACGCCCUGAACGAGGAGCUCCAAGGAAAACCGUCCAAAUGGAAGUUCAACAAGACGGCUUUUUAUCAGCAGAGGAAAGAUAUCUUCAGCUACAUCGACAUUCCCACCAACUUCUCCCUCACGAAGAACAGGGUGCGCGUCGGCCAGCUGAUGCACUUCGACUACUCAAGCCACAAGUACGUCUUCUCCAUCAGCAAUAACUUGAAGUCGCUGCUCCCGGACACCUCUCCCAUCCACAACAAGCAUUACAGCAUGUGCGCCGUGGUGGGCAACAGCGGCAUCCUGACAGGAAGCCACUGCGGCCCGGAGAUCGACCAGGCCGACUUCGUCUUCCGCUGCAACUUCGCCCCCACGGAGGUCUACUCCAAGGACGUGGGCAAGAAGACCAACCUGACCACCUUUAACCCCAGCAUCCUGGAGAGGUACUACAACAACCUGCUGACCAUCCAAGACAGGAACAACUUCUUCCUGAACCUGAAGAAGCUGGAGGGAGCCAUCCUGUGGAUCCCUGCCUUCUUCCUUCAUACCUCAGCCACAGUGACCAGGACCCUGGUGGACUUCUUUGUGGAGCACAAGGGACAGCUGAAGGUCGAACUGGCCUGGCCGGGAAACAUAAUGCACGAUGUCAACAAAUACUGGAAGACUAAAAACCUCUCCCCCAAACGUCUCAGCACCGGGAUCCUAAUGUACACGCUGGCCUCCGCCAUGUGCGACGAGAUCCACCUCUACGGAUUCUGGCCCUUCGGCUGGGACCCCAACACGGGCAACGAUCUGCCUUACCACUACUACGACAAGAAAGGGACCAAAUUCACCACCAAGUGGCAGGAGACCCACCAGCUGCCCAGCGAGUUCAAGCUGCUCUACAAGCUGCACAGGGAAGGCGUGAUCAGACUCAGCCUGACGCACUGCUCGUAGACAUACGAUGGAUGGUUGACUCCAGAGACCCAGAUACAUCCGCUCAGCUCUAACUUCUGUUGUGACCCACGAUGCAUGAUAAGUGUUAAGGCAAUUUACGACACCCUCAUUCGACAAACCCACACUCACGUCACGCUGUAUAUCACUCGAAGAUGUCACAGACUUAUCACAGCGUUGUUACUCAUUUAUUCGGUAUAUAUUGUUGUCCUCAGCACUACACAGUUAGGACUUUUUACGCUGCUCAGUUGCUUCCAUUACUCUCCUUUGCAUGGCUGCUGGCUGUGGCUGAACAGCUCGAACUGAACUAUUUUACCUGGAUUUCGCAGAGGGGAUUCAACACAAGGUCAAAUCUUCCAGUUCUGAUUGAUUAAUCGCCUUUUACAACAGUAUACUGAUUCUGUACACUGAAAUCACUGCCUAAUCUCAGGGAAGGAGUUAGAUCAGUGUUUUUUUGUAAUCAGAUUAAAUGCCUCAAGAGAGGUGCAGUUCCUGUUUUCAGGCCUUUUUUCCCCCCAAUGAGGUGUCAGACAAUCUGCAAUGCUCUGGAAGAUGGUAUUCGUUUACAAGACUGUACUCUAUAUAUAUAUAUAUAUAUAUACCGUAUAUAUACUUGUAUGUCUUUUAUUCUCUGUAGACAGUGUGACUGUCCACUUCAAAUUUUGUUGAGAUUGUUCAAAUUUUUGGAAUAAUAAUCGACAUUCCAACAACAAGCCAUAAAUUCAUAGACAGACGAAAGUGUGUUGUCAUUAAAAUACAGAAUUUUAGAAAGUGGUGUCGGCCUACAUUAGGUUCUGAGACUAUAAGACAUUUAGAAAUAUCUUCCAACAAGACUACAAGUCUAUAGCCACGCUAGCGACUACAUUCCAGUCACAGAACUUUGAUUUUCCAAAAACAAAAAUACCCAAAAUGUUGUUUAACAACACUUUCCAGAAUCCUCAGACUCUUUUAAACAUCUGGAUUAAAAAAUAUUUAGUCUGGUGCACGAUUAAAAAAGAAAAGAAAAGAAAAGAUUUUUAACCUGUAUCCCAAAACACAGGAAAAAUAUUGACAUGUUAUUUUGUUUGAAAAUUUGAGCAAGGACAUUUCUUGAGAGUCUUGGAGGAUUUUUAAAUCUAUACCUCGAUGUAGCGUUAAGUUUGGUUAAACAAACUCCUGGGUAUUUAUUUUUCGGAUAAUCACAUGCUUAGAUCUAUGAGUCGAAUGUACAUACAUGAGUCACAAACUGGUUACACCGGUUAUUCAUAAAUUCAUUCCUAAGUUUGUGUGUAAAGUACUUUUUAAGUUCUAAUUAAACACUAGCAAGUUUAAAAAUCAAGUUGCAUCCUCGUGGUGACGAGGAGACCUCAGGAAGUCAUUGCUCCGGGCCAAGAAAUAGUAACCCCCCCGUAAAACCACAAAUUGUUGCUUUUUAAAUUUUUUUUGGUAUAAAUUAAACAAACAAGACAUAACAUGUUAAUUAGAGAGCUUUAGAGUUUCUGGUCAGGCUCUGUUUACUCAAUUUCCAGUCUUUAUACUAAGCUAAGAUAACUGUGGUAUCGAUCUUUGAAUAUCUUAGCUAGUAAAGACUUUAUUAACAUGAAUAAAGUUAAGGUUUUAGGGGGGCAAAUAACUGCCAAUCCUUUUUAAAUGUAGGUGUGACUUUGUUUCAUAUGCAUACAUGUAAAUGUUUUCUGAAGCUAGUAUUCAUGCAGUUUAGCAUGAUUGGCAAAUAUCCAAUUAUGCUAGCUAACCUAGCUGAUGUUAGUCUAAUGUUACUUGCAUAUCAUUUUGUAAUUUGGGGUAUUUUUGUGAAGCGCAAUUUAAAAUCUCUGACGUUUACAUUAUUACACAGUUCAGAUGAAAUUAGCUUUGUCAGUUGGUUCAGUUAGCUGUGCUGCAACAGUUUCACCUGCAGUUUAGUCAGUGUAAAUAUUUUAGUAACGACUAAUAUUUAUUUAAGAACUCGUUGGUGUAGUGAAACCUGUUUUAAUUUAGUAAACAAACUGAGUUUGCAUUUACGAACAGCUGCAACCAGCUCCAGAAAACACAACUGUUGGAUCAGUGAAAAAGGGAGAGACACGUUUACAAUACUUACCGGGAAAAAUGUAAAGUUCGACAAAAAGGUACCGGACUAUUUUGUGACAUAAAUCAUGGCGCUAGCGUGGCGAAAAACAUCAGGACAACAUUUUGGACAGUUUCUUCAAUACCAACAACUUAUCUUGAGGUUUACCACUAUUUCAAUUAUAAAGAUUACUAAAGAAGAGAAUUCACUAUUUAUUAUAGAGGUUUUGUUGACGGGGGAAAGUUAUUUAUUCAUCAUAUCAAUUCCAAUAUUUGUGACAUCAAACAGAAAUGAAUGAAUGUUAUGUGCAUCUCGUAUAAAGAGCAUGAUCCAUUUAAAUGACAUUGCAUGUGAAGCACUAACAAAUCUUUUAGGCUAGUUUUAUACAACCUUUUUGAAGAUUGUUUUGAGGGUAAAAAUUGACUUCUUUGCUAUUGUUUGUAUUCCUGAUGGUGUAUUCCUUAAGAAUAUCACCUUUUCUUUGUACGAGAGACGUUUGAUGGCUAAAAGAACCCUAAUAUAUUCCACAUGGGACCAAACCUCUACAGAUCAACUUAAGCUUUAUUUUUUGUAACUGUAGAUAAUCUUGGGUUCUCGAUAACAGUCCACCCCGCAGACUUGAAAGCUGGCCACAUGACCCGUCUCAUGACUCUGCGACAUGGGCUCCUCGUUACAAACUCAAUGGCUCAGGCCGAGGUUUAAUACACAGAGCGAUGCACUCAUUCACACAUAACCAGAUAGUAGUGUGUGGUUUUGUGCUCAUUCAGAUUUAGCGUGGUAGGCGUUUGCUCGACAUCCCGUCCCACACAAAGCGUUUCUUUUUUGUCCGUCUCCUUUAGACAAGAUGAUCAUUUCAGAUUUUUGUGUGCUGUCUCCAAAUCACAGUGCAGUCACCACCAUGACAACACAUAUCUGAUGAAGAAGUUUGACUUUUAGGCCAUUUAAUUGAUGCCAUAGAUGUGUACAUUUAAGGAUAGUUUCUGUAGUCCCCGUCAUUAGGAAUGUUUUGUACACCAAAGAGAGAGAAAUGUUAGCUUGACACAGAUGGAUUUGGGAUUUUGGAGGAUGUAUGACAACUAACAGCAAGUAUUAUUGUAUAAGAAAUGGAGUAUCCCUUUUUUUGAUGUUGAAUUUGAUGUUGAAUAUCACUUUUUGUGGCACAAAAAUCAUUUUAGACUUUUUUUGCUUUUCAGCCAAAGUAAUGUGGUAGAGUUUAUUUGUGACUCCAUGAAUGUCCUCGAUUUGUUUGGAAAAAUCCACUGACAUGAAUGCAGGACAUUUUCUCUUAAUUUAAAUCAAAAUCAAUGUGUAGAAUGUGUGUAAACAAUAAUGAUGCUAACAACGUCUGUGAGGAUUGUAUUUCCAGUCAGAAUAACAGUAUAGUUUUGUGCGUUACAUUUAAAAUGACAAGACAGUGACAUACACAUAACCUAAACAUAAAACGUCUUUAUUCCAAACGCAGCACAAUACAGGAUUUGUUCCAACAACCCUUUAACAUUCUUGUACUUGUGUUCGAUCUGCAUGGCAACUUUGUUCCAUAAAGCAUAAAAAAGCUUGGCCGCUUAUGUACAUGUCGUAUAAAAGUCAUAAAUCAUGUAAGUGACUUUGCUAUCUUGGUUGUUCUAACGAUCAUUCAUAUAAGAAAUGUAACCAUGUCUUAAGUGUUUUUUGAUUAUACUCCAUGAUAAAUAUACGUUAUGUGCCUGCAUAUUCCUUCCAUCAAUGCCUCAAUGUGUCAAAUAAAAACAGUAUUUUUCUCUGA